AUGGGUACGACUAUUAAGUUCGAUCUGGAAAUUCGAGUCCACGAGGUCGGUCUGGAGGUUCUGGUACCUCGGUUCGGCAUGAUUGCCAUAUAUAUUUCAGCAGGUCAGAUCAAUCCAAUCGGUCUAGAAGGUCUGGUGGGUCUAGUCGGCCCGGAAGAUUCGGUCGGUCGUUUUGAUCGGUGCGAUCGGUUCUGUCGGCUCGGUCUGUCUGGUGAAUUCGGUCGGUUUGGCCUUUUCGGUUGA